CCCUUUGACUCAGUAUCAGGGUCUCAGAAUACGGCUUGUUUCUGGCGUAGAAGCAUGCAGUUUGCCGUCCACUGUAGGUCAUGUACCUGUUGCACCCAGCUCCCACAGUAUUGAGGAGGGCUCACCCAAGCAUGGGGUGUUGACUGCUCUUUCUACUUUGAAACCCUAUUGAAUAGCAUCUUAACAUGGUUUUAAAAGGCUGCUAAUAUGAUCUAGACAUAACAUAAAGUCUUAAAUGAGUGUUGGUAGCUGAUCCUAGGGUGGGUCCGCCCUCGCAAUGCAACAAGACAAACGUCACGUGAUUUCCCGUCUUAGCGUGGUCUACCACAACAGUAACCUCAUACCCACCAGCGACGAUGCUGGCGAACGACUAUACUCUCGUCUAGAAUCCAAGAUUCCGAAACCAGUGUCACCAUGCUUCCCAAAGCUAAGAAUCGAUUUGCGCUGUUCACCGACCCACACGACGACGAGCCUGCUCCUGUGCAACAACCACCAGAGAAAGACAACCCUUUUGUCAAUCAGGUGGCGGAUGAAAACGUACCCUGGAAAGAGGUAGGGCGCGGUGGCACUACAAAAUUACCCGUCAAAACGCCUGUCAAAACGAUUACCAUUCGCAAUACCGACCGGAAAAUUCCAGCUAUAAGCGCUUCGACACAGUCACGCAAGAGCUCCGGCGCACCCAGUCCUGGAUCUGAGGCUCCCAGAAAGCCAGUUGGCCGAGAGAAUUGGUGUGGCGUUUGCUCGCAGUUCUUUGGUAGCAAAUCCUCACUUCAAUCGCACAUCAAGUCAUUGGCCGCAACACACGGCAACUACUGUAACCUCUGCCGACGUGUUUUUGUGGAUCGAAAUGGUCUGAGGAAUCAUGUCGACAACUCAGCUGGCCAUGACGUAUAUUGCAACCUCUGUCUGAGUGCAUUUCAAAACCGUUGGGGCCUACAAAAUCACUUUGAGAACAACUAUGCAGUCGGGCACCAGUUCGCUUGUCUCGCCUGCCUAAUGGGCUUCACAACCAACAAAGCGUUGGAACAUCACUUGUUGACAGGCGAGAAGCAUGUGUGGUGCACUACCUGUCACAGGCGAUUCCGUAACCAAGAUGAACGCGACGCACACUGGACUGUCACUACCAAGCACAAACACUGCCUUCAGCCUGCUUGUGACUUCGAUGCGCCGAAUGAGGCUACUCUGAAGAAGCAUCUUGAAGAGGACCACUUUCACUGCACUGGCUGUAAACGUAUCUUUGCCAGCCGUACGCGUCUCAACAACCACACCAAAGAAUGUAAAUUCGACAUCCCUUGCCCGAAUGAUUGUGGGACAGUGUGUGCAGGCCAGUCGAUGCUAAUUGAGCACUUGACUUGUUGCUUCUAUUGCAUGGAAUGUGGUCACAGGACGGACAGUGAGGACAAAUAUCAGCUGCAUCUCGCAAAGCACACCGAAAUCACGACUGAUCAGCCUACUCUUCCAUGCUGGGCCUGCACGUCGGUGCGUUUCGCCACACCUGUUGAGCUCGUCGAACACCUCGAGAUUUGCCCCAAUUUGCCCUCCAAGAUUCUACUCACAACCCUCGGAAAAUGGUGGUAUUCACCGCUCUACAUGGAUCUCGACAUGCAUGCACAGAUCCGGCGGGAGGAGAUCAAUCUGGAUACCAUGGCAAACUGGAUGGAUGAAGGCAUUUUGCAGCCCUUCGUUUGUCGAGCAGACUCCUGCGGACGGGCUUCUUUCUCCAAGCUGAGCGACUUGGUAGCACACGUGCAAGAAGAUGGGUGCGAGUGGGAUGUGGAUAAGUUGCGGCUGGAUGCUCUCAAGACGGAGCUGCUGAGGUACAAUGGCCAGUGA